AUGGCUGAACUCGAUCGCGCACUGCGUCUUCUGCCGCUGGGAUAUGCACCGGGACCCGACAUGAUACAUGGUGAGGCACUGCGGCACCUUGGGAGAGGUGCGAAACACUCUGCCCUAACUCUCUUCAACAAGAGCCUGCGCACUGGCGUCGUUCCGCAGAGCUGGAGGCACAGGGUUAUAAUCCCACUCCUAAAACCCGGCAAGAAAGCAACUCAACUAGAGCCAUACAGGCUAGUCACGCUCACAAGUUGCCUCUGCAAGCUCAUGGAACGUAUUAUAGCAGCACGCAUUCGUGAGGUUAUAGAGCCAAAGCUUACGCCGCAGCAGUCCGGAUUCCGACCAUCCCACUCCACACUGGACCAAUUAUUGCACCUUCGAGUAACAAUGCAUCGACCGACUCCUAAGGACAGAACGGCCGCAGUGUUCGUCGAUUACACCAAAGCCUUCGACACAGUCGAUAAUAAUAAAAUCAUACUUCAAAUGCGACGGCUUGGAAUACCGCAACAUAUAGUGCGUUGA